AUUUCGGGCUUAAUUUUCUUUCAGCACAACGUACACGUUUAGCAGAUCAAUUCGGUUCUCCUUCCCGGCUCUUUCCCGGUAGUUGCUAGUUGCUAGUUGCUACUUGCUUGCCCCUGCGGCGUUGACCUGUGCGAGGAAAUGAUAUUCUUCGUGUUUCCCCUCUCUUUCCAAACAAAAUCAGUGUUUUCGAUAGACUUUUCUUCUCUUUCUCGGUGUUAAAAGUGGUUUUCAUAUGAUAACAUGAAUUGCUAAAUUACAUUACCCAACUUGACACCAUUCUUGCAGCUUAUUCUCCAAUUUGUAAGGCCAUUGACCGUCUUAGAGCAGUGAUGAUUGGCAGGAAUUCCUGUAGCUACUUUCUAAUAAUACUUUUGAUUCUACUUAUUUCCUUAUCACUUCUGAUCAGUGCUGAAAUCGUAGACUACCCAUCAUCUGCGAUCCCGAAUUCCUGGAGAAACGUUCCGUCAUCUGACUUAAGUUUCUGGGAGACAGCCGGUGUGAGACCGAUCCUUGUUAAUGGAAUGUUCGUUUGUGGCUUCCACUGUGGCUUUAUGGGUGACAGUUGCCUAUUUGCUGUCUCCAUCUUCAAGACCAGUUCUGAUGGUAACGCUAGCUUUUCUCCACAAGUGGUGUGGUCUGCUAAUAGAUACAAUCCAGUUGGGCUUGGAGCAAUAUUGCAAGUUACUCGAGAAGGAAGGCUAAUCUUGCAAGAUGACAACGGUGCUGUGGUUUGGUCCCCAAAUACAGUUGGUAAGUCUGUUUCCAGGUUAAACUUAACUGCAGAGGGAAACCUCAUGCUGUUUGACAAUACCAAUAACAUGGCUUGGCAGUCAUUUGAUCAUCCAACGGACUCUAUAGUUCUUGGUCAAAGGCUAGUGACAGGGCAGAAGUUAAAGGCAGGUGUAUCGACAUCCAACUCAAGUGAUGCUUUGCAUGCAUUUGCUAUAAUUGAUGGCAGGUUCACUGCUUAUAUGGAUGCUGAUCCUUCCCAAAUCUAUUAUACAAGUUUAGUGGAGGAAAUGAAUACAGGGAAACAUUAUGCAGAAUUCCAGAGAGGGAGGUUUGGGCGAUUCAACGUGGCAGAUACAGCUAAUUUUAUACAGUUGGGAAGUGACGGCCACUUGAAGGCAUAUGAGUGGAGAGAAUCGCAGUGGGAGGGGGUUGAUCUAUUGGAAAUUGGUCGAUGUGAUUAUCCAUUGGCAUGUGGAAAAUAUGGCAUUUGUUAUGAACAGGGAUGCGGUUGCCCUGAAACUGUAGCUCAAAGCGAAGCAACUUAUUUCAGGCCAAUAAAUUAUACAAGGCUGGAUCUUGGGUGUUCUGCAAUUUUACCCACUUCUUGUGAUCUAUCUGAACAUCAGAGUCUUCUCGAGCUCCAGGGCAUCUAUUAUGUUGCCAACCCAACGUUUGGUAAUCAGACUUAUGGCUUAAGGAUGUUUCUUAAUGAGAGUUAUGUCAUAACGUCUGGAAAUGGGACUUAUGUCGUAUCGUCUAGUAAUGAGAACUAUGUCAAGACUAUAGAAGAUUGCAAGCAGGCCUGUUUAAAGAACUGUUCUUGCAAAGCUGCUAUUUUUAGCGCUGUUUCUCUGAACUGCUAUUUGCAAUCUGAAGUCUUCUCCUUCAAAAUGAUGGCUUCUAAUGUUCAUCCACCUUUGAUGUCAACUUUUAUAAAGGUGCAAAAUAAUCCAAUUGCAGAGAAUUCCAACAAGAACCCUUCACUACCAAGCCCUUCACUACCAAAUCCUCCUAAAAGGAGAAGAGAGGAUAUAGCAGUUAUUCUGGGCUCAACUCUUGGAGCUAUCUUUGGUGUGUUUCUUCUAUGCAUUUUCCUUUUUCUACGAUUUAAAAAAGGGUUCAAAGAGGUUGAGGAGGAUUAUCUAGACAACAUAUCGGGAAUGCCAACUAGAUUCUCUUAUGAAGAGUUAAAGAACGUCACAAAGAAUUUUAGCAACAAGCUUGGCGAAGGAGGAUUUGGAUCAGUUUUUCAAGGAACAUUACCUGCGGGUUCUGAAGUUGCAGUGAAACAUCUUGAUGGCUUGGGUCCAGUUAAGAAGUCCUUCAUAGCGGAAGUUCAGACUAUAGGAAGCAUUCACCAUUUCAAUUUGGUAAGUUUGGUUGGAUUUUGUGCUGAAAAAUUUAGUAGGCUUUUAGUUUACGAGUACAUGCCUAAUGGGUCCCUGGAUCGAUGGAUCUUCAACAAAAACCAAGAGCUUGCUCUAGGUUGGCAAAUUAGGAAGAAAAUCAUUUUAGAUAUAGCCAAGGGACUAGCCUACCUUCACGAAGAAUGCAACCAAAAGAUAAUUCACUUAGACAUCAAACCCCAAAAUAUCCUUUUAGAUGAGAAUUUCAAUGCUAAAGUUUCAGAUUUUGGGUUAUCUAAGCUAAUUGGAAGAGACCAAAGCCAAGUGAUAACAACUAUGAGGGGAACGCCUGGUUAUAUGGCCCCUGAAUGGUUAAGCUCAGUCAUUACUGAGAAGGCAGAUGUCUAUAGCUUUGGUGUUGUGGUCCUAGAAACUUUGUGCGGGCGAAAAAAUGUGGAUGGAUCUCAAAAGGAGGAAGAUAGGCAUUUACUGGGUGUUUUUAGGAGAAAGCUAGAAGAAGGGCAACUUCUGGAUCUAGUUGAUAACUGCAGCGAUGAUAUGCAGUCAAAUGCAACCGCUGUUGUGGAGAUGAUGAAGGUUGCGGCAUGGUGUUUACAAACUGAAUAUUCCAGGAGGCCUUCCAUGUCCACUGUGGUGAAGAUUUUUGAGGGUUUGGUUGAUGUUGCGGGUAACUUGAACGACAAUUUUCUAAAUGAAUUAACAUCGGAAGCUGUGGGGACUUUUGCUUCAACAAUUUCACCAUCUACGCUAUCUGGGCCGAGGUGACGGUCAUGGAUUCAUAAAGAUGGGAUGUAAGGUACGUUGCCAAGCUCAGCAGUGAUAGUUCAAUUCAAUUCUGUGUUGGCUGCCACUGUAUUUGGAUAUGGUUGCCCCUUUUAGUUUUGCCCCUUGUAUUACUUUUAGAAUUCCCCUACCCGGUAAGUAGCAAAAUUUAUGUUCGAAGCUUUGUUUUGUUUCAUGUUGGAUGUAUCCUUGUUUUCAUCCCAACUUUUAGGCCCCAAGAAAAGGUUGUCUAGUUUGCAUGAUAUCCGGUAAGACCCAGACAAUGGUAGAAUAGAAGUAAUUUUUUUUUAGGCAAUUAUUAAUUUAAGUCAAUGUAAAUCCUUUCAAGUGUUAAAAUGACCUAUUUACUGCAUACAACUAACCAAAGAAUAGAAUGCAAAAAAGUAUUUCAAUUAACUUUGUAAUUCAAAGUCUAAUAAAAGAAAGACAAGUCGUGCCAUCUUUUUUGACAAAUA